AUGAACAGCACGUGCAUCGACGAGCAGCAUGACUUGGAUCACUACUUGUUCCCAGCGGUUUACGUCUUCGUGGUGAUCGUCAGCAUUCCAGCCAACAUUGGUUCUCUGUGUGUGUCUUUUCUGCAGGCGAAGCAAGAAAAUGAACUAGGCAUUUACCUCUUCAGCUUAUCCCUCUCGGACCUGCUCUAUGCCUCAACGCUCCCUCUGUGGAUCAAUUACACCUGGAAUAGAGACAACUGGACGCUCUCCCCCGCCCUCUGCAAAGGGAGCGCUUUUCUCAUGUACCUCAACUUCUAUAGCAGCACGGCUUUCCUCACCUGCAUUGCGAUCGACCGCUACCUGGCAGUGGUCUACCCUCUGCGGUUCUUCUUCCUAAGGUCGAGAAGAUGUGCGCUCAUGGUCAGCCUUGCCAUCUGGAUUUUGGAAACCAUCCUCAACGCGGUUAUUCUGUGGGAAGAUGAAACAGCUGUCGAAUAUUGUGAUGCCAAGAAGUCUAACUUUACUUUAUGCUAUGACAAAUAUCCUUUGGAGAACUGGCAAAUCAGGUUUAACUUUGCUAGGACGUGUAUAGGUUAUAUGAUACCUUUGGUCAUUAUAAUGACUUGCAACAAGAAAGUUUACCAAGCUGUGCGGCAAAAUCAAGCCACGGAAAACAGGGAAAAGAAGAGAAUCAUAAAACUACUGAUCAGUAUCACGUUGACUUUUAUCUUGUGUUUUACCCCCUUUCAUGUGAUGUUGCUGAUUCGCAGCAUUUUGGAGCACAACAUGAACUUAAAAGAACAAGUGUUUGACCGUUCCAAGUCUGGGAAGCAGAGUUAUAAGAUCUAUAGAAUCACAGUUGCAUUAACAAGUUUAAAUUGUGUUGCUGACCCAAUCCUCUACUGCUUCAUAACUGAGACAGGAAGAUCAGACAUGUGGAAUAUAUUAAAGUUCUUUACUGGGAGGCUUAAUAAAUCAAAAAGACAAAGAAAACGUGUCCUUUCUGUAUCUACCAAAGAUACUAUAGAAUUAGACAUCCUGCAAUAG